CUACAUUACUUCGUCCCAACAUACAUACGUUUAUUAACUCGCUAUCUGAGCUUUGUACUCAAUGCAUCGGGAGUUGCGGUACUGCUCGAUUGACAUAUAAAUUCACAACCUUCCCAUACCUUUGUGACAUUCCAUUAAUAACGCUAGGCCAGAAAGCACAGCAGCCAAGUUCAAGCCAACGAUGUCUGGAGAAACCACCCCUAAAGAGCCCAUUUCGGGGCUAUCCGAAAAGAUGGCCGAGGAUCUUCAGCUUAUGAAGAGCCGGCUUGAGGAGAUGGAGAAAAAGUACGAGCAAUAUUUGAACAAGCAAGACAAGACUGUCACAAAGAAGGAAGAUGAAGAAGACACAUCGAAGCGUAAGGCGGAGAAAAAGGAUGAAGACCUUGACGAUGAGGAUACCCCCCUAAUCGUAAAGGUGAAUCGUCUCUCUUGGACACAAUGGCGAAAGAUUCGAGUGGCUGAGAACGAAUGGGAAAAUAUGACCGACGAACAGAAGAAAAGGGGGGCGAAAAAGCGAAAAGCCAAAACAGAACGUUUCGUCAUUGAUGCCGUUGCUGAUACGGGAGACCUGGGACUCCAUACCUUCACAGAAACGCAGGACUUGGCCAAGCGCUCUAGGGUUCCUGGCCGAAUCCGUAUCAACUCCGAACAUAUACUGGAUGUCUUGAACAAUCUCAUCAACAUCGCUCUGCCUCGGAAAUGCCAAAUACUUCACCCUUAUAAGAUCAUCAUUGAUCAUGUAGAUGAGAUUGAAGGGCACAUGAAGGUUCUGGAAGAUGAGCUUUUCAAAAAGGAAUUGAAUCAACUUUCGCCAAUUGAAGGAUGCAAAGAGGCAGAGAAGGAUUCGAAGACCCAAAGUAAAGAGAAAAAGCCCAAGACGAAAGUGGAAGAAGACGUCGAGCUUGCGCAGAAAAAGGUUGCACACUACAAGUGCUUCAUGGAGCUACUUGAGACAGAUCUAGCACCAGAGAUUGAAGUGGCAAAAGCAGUAAAGGAACGAAGAAUAGAGAAAAUCAUGUUCUGUCAUUUGUGGCAUCUCUUUCCACCCGGGGAAACCAUUUACUACCAGAAUGCGGAUCGAAAUCAGCCCCCCCAAGCAGCCCAGGUCUUGAAGGUCAGCGGUGGACGGCCUAAACUUCCGAAUUCGAGUCGGUAUUAUGGUUGGCAACUGGAAUUGUAUUAUACGGGAAAAACUAAGGCUUUUCAGAAAGUCUCUCCUUUUACGAUUGACGCAUUCCAUCUCGACUUCGACGGGAAGAAAUACCGCCUCGUCCAGGAUAAAUACGAAAUACAGAGGUACACCGGAGAAGCCCCCAUAACCUCACUGUUGGCCUUCCCCCUUCGCUUUUUCUCGGAGUCGAUUAGGAUGGAGACUAUGGAUAUGCUGUUGAAGAGAGGCCAAAACUUCCGGAGCUUAGCUUCGGUGGACGUAGCUCACCGUGAAUAUCGUGGCAUGACACUCGAUGACGAACGAGAAGAUAUCGAUGGCCGAGUUAUCAUCGACUUUAAACAAGCCCCCGUCGUCGUUCCUGGUACGUCCCGCAACAAAUCUAAAGGCAGCAAAGACGACCGUGAUGAGAAUAAAGGUCGUAUAUUCGGAAUACUCCCUUUCACUCAAACCAAUGAGGUGGAGUACCAGGAAGUCAUUGGGACCAACGAAGAUCUUGACUUGACCUUAUACGAUGACCAUGCAUACGAUGUAGAUAAGUCAGAUAAACUUUUCUCAGCCAACAAGGUUCUCCUCGCUCCAUUACAAGAAUUGAGCUCAGACGACUUGGACGACGAGGACCUGCGUCUCCUUCCUGGGUCAGUAUACGCAUACAUCCUCCGUAGUCGGAAAUACUGUAAAUGCGACAUCAACCUCAUCAAGGAGAUCAACCUGAAUAAACAGGCCUUCGAUGAUCUGGUGCUCUCGAAGCAUUACAAAACUCUUAUAAAGUCUCUAGUUGAACGACACUCCCUCGGCUCAAGGCCCGUCGAGAAGAAGGGCGAAGAGGCGAAGAAGAAAGAUAAGCCAGAGAUUAGAAGGACGGGUUCGCAGGAAUCUCAACACCACGAGUCUGGCCAGCAAGACACCCUUAGCAUCGUCAAGGGCAAGGGUCGGGGCCUGAUCAUUCUACUGCACGGCGUGCCCGGGGUUGGCAAAACCUCCACAGCCGAGACGGUAGCUGAAGCCACCGGACGACCUCUUUUACCUGUCACCUGCGGUGAUAUCGGGGAGAGCGCUGCCGAUGUAGAGAAGAAUUUGGAACAGAUCUUCACAAACUCGCAUCGGUGGCGUUGCGUGCUCUUGCUUGAUGAAGCAGAGGUAUUCCUCACGAAGAGGAACAUCCAGGAUCUGACACGAAACGCGAUGGUGUCCGUCUUCCUGCGCGCUCUCGAGUUCUACUCUGGAAUUCUCUUUCUCACAACGAACCGGGUUGGCACCAUAGACGAAGCUUUCAAAUCGCGUAUCCAUAUCAGUCUUUAUUAUGCCCCACUGGACUGGAAGACAUCCGAGAUGAUCUGGCUCGUCAACAUCCGCCGCUCGCAAUCGCGGGUCGAGACCGACAAGGAAAAGAUCAUCCGCUUUGCCAAGAAGCACUUCCAUUACUCGGACGACAGCAGCCGCUGGAACGGGCGGCAGAUCUACAACGCGUUCAAGACGGCGAUCGCGCUCGCCGAGUUCGAGCAGCAGACCGCGGAAGAAGAAAAAGAGGGCAAGGGCAAGGGCAGCGAGAAGGGCCAGAGGCCGACGCUCACCGCGAAGCACCUGCGACAGGUGGCGCGCGUCGCCAAGAAGUUCGACGAGUACCUCCUCGAGACGCAGGGCGGCGAGACGGCCGCGGCCCUGAACCAGCAGCAGAAGGUGCGCGCCGACGACUUCGGGCUCGGCGACGAGCGCGUGCUGUCGAAGCUCAAGCAACGGCCGACCAAGAACCGCAAAAUAGACUUCGACGAGCUACCGUCCACGUCCACGUCCGAGGACGACUCGGACGAUAGUGACGAUGUGUCGGCGUCGUCGAGCGAGGAGGAGUCGGAGUAUGAGGAGCCGGUCAAGAAGUCUAAGAAGAAGGGCGAGCCCGGAGGUAAGAAGGGAGAGGAUAAGAAGAAGAAGAAGAAGAAGUCGAAGAAGAGCACGAAGAAGCCGGCUGAUGAUGACUCCGGUGAUUCGUCAUGAUGGGUACAGGACCUCAAGUUGUAACUCUUUGAUUGGGAAAUUAUACUCAGUAACGUGAAGGAGGACACAUGAUUUGAACGUAUCUCAUUAAUUAUAACAUUAUACAAUUUCAUUC